AUGAUAACAACACCAAUGGGGUUUGGUCGUGGUCGCGGAGCCGCAAAAUCUAAAGCAGUCUCAGGAGAACUAUUCAAGAAUGUGGACACUACCCCUGGAGCCGCAGCAAAUAGUAGCAAUAGUAAUGGGUUUGGAGGUGGUAGUAAUUUAGGAGGAGGAGGAGGACAGUCCAAUGGUAGUAGUUGGAACCAGGCGUCCAACAACUCUGGUGGUUACUCUGGAGGCGGUGGAAGCUCGUUCGGAGGAGGAGAUGGUUGCCGAGUAUGCGGAGAAGAUGGUCACUUCGCCCGAGAAUGUCCCAGCAAGGGAGAAGAAAAGUGUUUCAGAUGUCAACAAACUGGUCACAGGAUCGCUGACUGCACUGAACCGGACACCAGAGAUCCUGAUGCACCCGGACCAGUGACAUACGUUCCAACGUUCGACGACUCCGAAAACGCUCUCUUCAGCGGUACCAAACUUACCACUGGACUCAACUUCAAGAAGUAUCGCAACAUUCCGUGCAAGGUCACCGGACCCGGAAGUGAACUGGUGAGAGCUGUAGAAAAGUUCUCUGAACUGAAUCUUGGGGACCAGCUGCAGAGGAACAUCGCCAGGAGCGGUUACGACGAACCAACCCCAGUUCAGAAGUGGGCUCUUCCCAUCAUCUGCGGUGGCAAGGACAUCAUGGCAUGUGCCCAGACUGGCUCAGGCAAGACAGCAGCAUUUGUUCUUCCCAUGAUUAACAUCAUAAACAACAGUGGUCCAUCCUCCUCGGAGUUCAGUUCGACUCAGACUCCUGAUGCUAUGGUUAUCACCCCGACCAGGGAACUGGCUAUGCAGAUCCACAAGGAGACGAGCAAGUUCGCGUUCUCCACCUUGUGUAAAGCUCAGCUGGCUUACGGAGGCGCAUCUGUCCAGCAUCAGAGGAGCUGUAUAAGAAGAGGCUGCAAUAUCCUCAUCGGAACCCCGGGAAGACUGAAGCAGUUUGUGACUGACGGAACUAUCAGUCUCCAGAACAUCAAGUUCUUUGUUCUCGACGAAGCUGACAGGAUGUUGGACAUGGGAUUCUCCUCCGACAUUGAAUUCUUCGCCAAAUCUCCCGGCUUUCCGCCAAAAGACCAGAGGCAGACGCUUCUAUUCAGUGCCACGUUCCCGGAGGAGGUACAACAAGUAGCCAAAACAUUCCUCAAGGCUGACUACCAGUUCCUGACAGUUGGUAUCAUAGGUUCCGCUCAGACUGACGUUACCCAGCAAGUGCUGGAGGUGGACGGCAGAGCUAAAACAGCCAAAGUUAAAGAGGUCCUCAACUCGAUAGGACAAGGCCAGAAGACUCUAAUAUUCGUGAAGACCAAGAAACAGGCUGACUUCCUGGCGUCCCUGCUCUCUCAGGAAGACUUUGGAGCCACCAGUAUCCACGGAGACCGACAACAGAAGGAGCGAGAGAUGGCACUGAGAGACUUCAGGACAGGAGCUCACCCCAUCCUCGUAGCCACCAGUGUAGCAGCACGUGGGCUGGAUAUUGCUGGGGUUACCCACGUGAUCAACUAUGAUAUGCCUGAUGAGAUAGAUGAGUAUGUUCACAGGAUUGGUAGGACCGGUAGAGCUGGUAACACUGGUAACUCCAUCUCUUUCUUUGAUCCUUCUCAGAACAGCGACCUCGCUAGAGCGCUCGUAAAGAUCCUUUCUGAAGCUCAACAGGACGUACCUAGUUGGUUAGAGGAGCUGGCUAGUGGAGCAGGUGCAGCCGGAACUGGAGGCUGGAACUCUCGUGGAGGAGGUGGAGGUGGAAGAGGAUUUGGAGGAUCAGAUGUCAGGGACAGUGGCUGGGGAGGAGGAGACAGUGGUAAUACUGCUAGUGCCGGUUGGAAUAUGAACGAUGGUCCUGCUAGUGACGAGCUUUGGUAGAUUAAGUACAAUCUAUAACCAACUUUAAAACUACAAUUCAACCAACUUUAACUCUAUAAUAUUGGUUCCCUACCAAUAUUGAACUAUUAUUGUUUCUGUACUUAUUGUUUUAGUACCGACAUUACUCUGCUAUUACCAUCUACAGUUCUUCGGCUAUAAAUAUAAACUCAUUUGAGUGAACGUUGUUUUAGUCUAGAGGUUUUAGAAGGAAUUCCUCUAUUCUAUAAGAUGUUUGUUAAUUUUUUAGUUGGUUCUAUUCCUCAGUGUUACCAUGGUAACUUGAUGGGCAUGUCCGUACUUGGCAGUGGAGUAGUUAUUAGUGACUUCUAUAGUGACUUGCCGCUAUUCAGUUACCAGUCUCACUGCUAGAGGUACUGGACCUGCUGACCCACCCCCUGAUAUCAGACUAAUUAACUAGCCAGCUCCUUCCCCUCUCCUGGCUGGAAGUUUAAUUUACUAAUUAAUUGAUAAUUAGUAACAAUUCUGCUAUUGAUCGCCCUGCUUGUAUAGGGUACUGUAGCACACUAAUUAUCUAAUGUCAAUUAGUUAAAAUAGUUACAAAAAUAAAUACUCAAUGUGAGUGUUUCGACUUCUAUUCGGUAGAGGUGUAGAAGGAGAUCUAAAUUGGCGCACCGCCAGGUCCCUUAGGCGGCCUGUUGGCGUACCGCCAGGUCCCUUGGGCGAUCUGUUGGCGCACUGCAAGUCCCUUAGGCGACCUGUUGGCGCUCUGCCAAAUAGUGGCUACUGAAAUUAGUGUUUAUCGGAGGCGUGCUGGUCAUUAAGUUAAGGAUCCGAGCUCUCCGCCUGGUCCCUUCGUAAUUAAUUAACUGAUUAAUUGAUUACUAAUUGCUGACUAGAGCUGUUGGCAGAUCUCGAGAACUGGGGCCAGGCGAGGGGCUAAUUAAAACUGGGGAACUAGAUCCAACUUAUGUCUCUGAGAACACUGAUUGUUUAAUAAAUUAGGUCAUUUUCGACCCAUUUUCAUCAAUAACUGUAAUUGUAAUUCAACGUUUGAUUAUAAUUUUUAACUUAUUCUUUUUAUUCCAAACAUGUAUUCUUGAGCGAGACUUUUUUACGUUAUUGGAGUCAGCUAGAUUUGAAACAUCGGACACUACUUUUUAUUGUUCAUUAAAAUGUAACAUUUUUGGAAUUGUCUAUGUCAGAUUAUUUCUCUACUUAGAUGCUGAUUUGUACAGAAUAGCAAGAUACAAAUCGUCCAUCUGUUUAAGUUUUUUCAAAAUCAUUAUUUUA